GUUACGACAAUUGCUUGUGGUAGGCGUCUAAUUCACAGGAACAAGAUGUACAAGCUAAUUGUAUUAUUAGUGUUUUCAGUAGCAGUCUGUGCUGAAGUAACUACAGAUGCUGCUGAACCAAGCAAUACUACCAUCCAAACUUUGAAGCCAAAAGGUUUCGAGCGGACCAUGAGCGACGUGGUGGCAAGCCUGGUCUCCAGAGUCAUCGGCGAAGUGAUGAUCAGCAAGAGCGACGUUGCCAAGAAGGGCGGAAGCGUCCACGACCGCGUGGACGACGCGUUCUCGGAAACGGGCACGACGCUGAAGCACAUGGGCAGACUCGUUUCGAAAGUCGGUGGAGCCAUCAAGGUUGCUGGACGAUGGCUUUUCCAGCGAUACGGCAUUCUGGGACCUAGAUUCGGAAUAGGUACAUUCAAGAAGGCUAAGGCUGUUCAGUGGGUGCUCAAUAUAUCCACUCUAGGAAACAACACUCUUCAAGCACGAGUGGCGAAGCUAACAGCAAAGACCAUCUCUGCGUUUUCCGCCAGAGGGUUCUCUAGAAAAGGACACGUGGCUUUUGAAAAAUUGGGGGACAUAGUGGGAUCUGCUGGCGAUGUCCUUGAAGACGUUGCCCAAAGGCUGGCGGGAGAUAGCCUUCUUCCAGCCACCAAACUGACUCAGUCGGACAUCGACUUUGUCUCUGCUGUUAACCAGAUAAUCAAAGAUACGAAAUAAACAGAAAUUUCUUUGAAGCUAAA